AUGAAGUUCAUUUAUUGUGCCCUCGCCCUCCUCUUAACAAGUCAAACUUUUGCCCAAUUGCAAAGUGAGCAGCCGUUAGCAGUGCUGAAAGCGAGCGGAGAUGAUCCAAAAACUCCACUGAUUGUACUUUCGAACCCCCUAGCUAAGCCAAAAGUUGGAGAGUCAAUUAAAUCGGAACAAGAAAUUGAACCCACUCUAAUACAAGAUGCGGCAACCGCAAUUCCACUUGUGACGGACACAACUGAUUCCACAGAAAGGCCACCUAAAAAAACAGAACCUCUUCAGAAGCAGAAACCAGCUUUUAGUUAUGGACAAAAGCAGAAGCAUCCAAUGCAGGACUUACUGCUGAUGCCGGGAAUGUGGGAGAGUUCGCCCGCAAUGGCCCAUGGACCAAUGGAUACAGUGGCUACUCAACCUGUUUUCUAUCCCCUUCCAGUCUAUAUCCCAUAUCCCAUUCCCUUUAUGCUAAACCAACAGAUGCGUCUGAUGAGCAGACUGGGCUUCAAUGAGAUGAUGACUGUGAAUCUACUUGGAAGCUCCCUCCAACAAGACAACGGAUCUGAAUGGCACAAGAUAAUGAAGAAUCAAAUGAAGCCAGCCAACCAAGAUGGCCCAAAAAAGUGGAGGGGAAAAUGGCGAAAGACAGCGACAAGUACAACUACUUCAACAACUAAAGCACCAAUAACAAGUCUUACUGAGCCAACCAGAUUACUAUUGAACAGCAGUAACCCAAGUGGCAUUGAAGUAACAACCAUCGAAACCACUGCCGACAAUGAGGCCACGGAAGCAGCAAGCUAA